AACUGCCCAACAGGCAGUUUGUGCACCCAACUGACACUUUGUAGAAACAGGGGAUGCAUUAGACUAUUAUUUAGCUGAUCUUUUCUUCCCAUUAUUGCGAUUAUUUUAAGUUCAAGUGGAUUUUUCAGUAUUUGGGUUACGGUGGCAUUGCUGUGCUCAAGGCUAUCCUGCACACAAUGGGGGUCAAAGCAGCUCUUCCGAGGUACGAGCUCUACUUUUAUAAUGUAGUGCUGUGUAUGGCGAUGCUCUGGGCUGCCAGAUGGAUAUUUGAUGUAUCCAGCUCAAGUUCCAACAGAAAAACCUUCAAGACCAGUGUUCAGUCAGGAUGGUAUUACUCUGGUAGAAAAAUGGAUACAGCUGAUGUUGAGUGGAUGAUGUGGUUCUCUACGUUUCGAGAACAUAUCAUCUUUGCACUCUCAGGUCAUGUGAUCUUUGCCAAGAUCUGCACCUUGCUGGCUCCGCAGUACAGAUCUCUGGUGUUCAUGGUGUAUGGCAUGCUGGCGGUUUUCACCAGUAUGGGCUGGGCCUACGUCACGCUCAUCCUCUCUCACUGUGUGCUGCUCUACAGCAUCUCUCUGGUCAAGCUCAGGUGGCUCUGCUUUGUCGCUGGACUCACUACACUGGCUACUUUCAAAAUGGAGCCCUUCAUUUCCUGGCAGGCAGGGUUUGUGUCUGGUAGUUUUGAGCUCCGUCCUCUUCUGUUCUACGGCGGCUGUGGGUUUACUAUCAUGCGGUGUUUGAGUUUUGCUCUAGAGAACUGUGAGAGGAAAGAUGGAAACUACAGCAUCCUGGAGCUUCUCAAGUACAACUUCUACCUUCCCUUCUUUUACUUUGGACCCAUCAUGACCUUCGACAAGUUUUACAUUCAGGCCAAUAACCCAAACCUGACAAGGAAGGAUGGAGAGAUGUGGAACAUUUCUAUUCAGGCCCUGCUAAACCUGGGGGUUAUUAUGAUAGUGGCGGUCAUCCUACACUUCAUGUACAUUCUGACCAUACCUAGUGACAUGAAGCUCCUUAAACACAUCUCUGACUGGGCCCUUGCUGGAUUGGCUUAUUUAAAUCUGGUGUAUGACUGGGUGAAAACCGCGGUAAUGUUUGGAGUGAUAAACACAGUAUCAAGACUGGAUCAUCUGGACCCUCCCAAACCACCGAAAUGCAUUACAAUGCUUUAUGUGUUCUCUGAGACACACUUUGAUCGAGGAAUAAAUGACUUUCUCUGCAAUUAUGUUUAUAACUAUCUCGGUGGGAAGCAUGACAACGUUUUGGAUGAGCUGAUAGGCUCUCUGUGCACGUUUGGCAUCACAGCCCUCUGGCUGGGACCGAGCUGGGUGGUUUUCAUCUGGGCUUUCUUAAACUGCUUUGGCCUUAAUUUUGAAUUGUGGAUCGCCAAGUUCUUUACCAUGGAACCUUUUAUUUCUAUUGAGAUGGCGAUAUCAGAAUCUAUGUCACGCAGGAUCAGGGCUGUGUUUAAUGCCUUCAACUUCUGGACAAUUGUCCUUUACAAUGUCCUGGUCCUGAAUAGUCUUGAAUUUGCCAAUUUGGUUGCCAAGAGAUUGUUACUGAAAGGUUUCCCCUUCACCACCAUCACUGUGAUGUUCGUUACCUACUGCUUGAUUCAGCUGAUUAAGGAAAGGGAAAGAAGACAGGCUUUGAUUGAUGAUCCAGACCCAAUCCCCCCUCCAGCCCCCACUCCUGCACCCACUCCCACAGAUCCCAGCACCACCCAGACAGACGCUGCUGCUGCUGCCACCCAGCCUGUGGACCCAAACAAGCAAAAGGCAGAGUAGAGAUUACACAUGAUGGUUACAUUUUGAUGAAACCUCAAUGGUUUACUUACACAUUUUGUGUCUUCUUGUGAAUUCGGCAGACAAUGAUAAUCUAGAAAUAUGGAGAAAAUUGUUUUAAUGACAGUACUGUAAGAAAAGAGUCGAAACAGCUAUUUAAGUUUUUACAGAUUAUUUUCAACAUUACAGACUUUACUCUCACUGGCUGCUUUUU